GGAUUUCCGCCCACGAGUCCGAGGAGGGGUUUGCCCCCGCCACCAAAUGCGAAAACCGACCAACCGCUUCUCCACCUCCACACUCUCUGCGUCCUGUUUCCUGAGUUGCUCUGCGCGACAACUACGAACCAAACCAACCAAAAUCCACCAUGGCAGCCUUGUUGCCCGAGCCGUCCGACACACCCUCACUGGUGAAUUCAAACCCCCAGCUCCAAACGUACUACCACUCGUUUGAAUCCCGCAUCGGGUACCGCCUGCUUCUCGGCGGCACCCGCCAUUUCGGGUACUGGAACCGCGGCACAUACUGGCCAUUCCCACUCUCAACGUCGCUGAGGGCGAUGGAAGACAAGCUAGCUGAAGCUCUCGCCCUACCCCGCGGCGCUCACGUGCUUGACGCUGGCUGCGGAGUCGGCCACGUUGCGCUUCGCAUGGCCCAGGCCCACGGGCUCCGUAUCUCGGCCAUCGACAUUGUCGACCACCAUAUCACCAAGGCGCGCCGCAACAUUAGCCGUUCGGGCCUGCCAAACAACACCAUCGCGGUGCACAAGAUGGAUUAUCACCACCUCGAGAGCCUCGCCGACGAGUCUCUCGACGGGGCCUACACCAUGGAGACCUUUGUACACGCGACGGAUCCCGAAGCGGUCCUCGCCGGCUUCUACCGUCUCCUGCGGCCGGGCGGCCGGGUCGCGCACUUUGAAUAUGACCACGAGCUCGUUGGCGACGCGCCCGAGGACAUGGCGGCCUCGAUGCGCAAGAUCAACCAGUACGCCGCCAUGCCGACCAACCACCGCUCGCACCCGGGCGUGUUCAAGCAGAUGCUCGAGGAGGCCGGGUUCGAGGACGUCGUCGUCCGCGAUUUUUCCGAGAAUAUCAAGCCUAUGACGCGCCUCUUUUUCGUCUUGGCCAUUGUGCCCUACGUCUUUGUCCGCCUGCUCGGGCUGGAGCGGUAUUUUAUUAACACCAUCGCCGGGGUCGAGUCGUAUCGUGGCCGCGGCCGCUGGCGGUAUGUGGCCAUUACGGCGACGAAGCCAGGCGGCCCGCUCGAGCUUGCUAAGGCGCGGUGAAUUUGUGAUUGCCCAAACCAAUGCCCAAGCCAAGCGGCCUUUA